AUGACAUCGUACGCAUUGCCACCGCCAAAUCCAGAGCUUUCCAGGAAGCGCAAGAGGAAGAAAACACCAGCAUCAAUAGCGACAAUAGACAAUCCAGAAGUCUCACAUCCAGAACCUGACAAUGAGGAACUAGCACUCGAAGCGUUGUUGUUUGGAGGAGAGCAGCCAGGCAGAUUGGAUACGCUCCUGUCCAAGGCUGGUAAAGAGCUAGACGACUCACUUACAAGUCAUAGAUUGAAGGAGGAUACAUCUCGACAUUUGAACGAUGACGAUGACGAUGAGGCAAGUCUUCUCUUUACUAUUGAUACUAAGGGCUCUAGCGUCAAUCCAGCUCUUGAAGGACAAGAGAAUUCAACUCGAAUCGAUUCAACGUCACAGGACAUCAAUGUACUAUCAACCUCAUCAAAGACUGCCGAGCUGCCUCAACAAAAACCAGCUUGGGAGGACGAUGAUGAUCUUUUUGUGGAGAUCUCAAACAAAUCUCGUUUGCGAAAGUUGAGGAAAACAGAGUCUGAGAAUGUAGUCUCUAGUGCUGAAUACGAGGCUCGCUUACGAACGCAGUUUGAAAAGAUCAAUCCUCGCCCUCGGUGGGCUGACGGUGUAAUUGCUACUGACAAUGAUGAUGAUGAUGAACCCAUGUUUCUGAAAACAAGCGGUACCAUAACUGAAAAAUCAACAGGUGUAAACUUGUCGCCAGAUGCUAUAAGUGUUACCAGGCUCAAGGACGGUAACCAAAUGGCGUUUUCACAGUGCGUGAUCCAAUCAGUGCAAUUCCAUCCCAAGACACCAGUCAUGUUGACUGCUGGAUUUGAUAAGACACUACGACUGUUUAGGAUUGAUGGAAAAGUCAAUCCAAAGAUACAGUCUGUCUGGUUUAAGGAUAUGCCGAUACACCAAGCGUCCUUCACUGCUGAUGGAAAGCAAGUGGUGUUGGUGGGUGGAAGAAAACAUUUCUAUACGUAUGAUAUGGAUCGUGGUGAUGUUCAGAAAGUCUUUGGUAUUCGGGGGAGGACGGAAAAGAGCUUUGAAAAGUUUGUAGUGUCUCCAUGUAAUCGCUAUAUCGCCUUUAUCGGAGACGCAGGCUACAUCAUCCUAGUAUCCAGAGACACAAAACAAUGGAUUGCCAAUCUACGAAUGAAUGGAACCGUAAAGUCACUUUGCUUUUCAUCAGAUGGUGAAAUGAUAUAUUCAGUAGGCAGUGACGAUGAAAUCUACCAAUUCGAAACACGAUCUCGACAAUGUAUAUAUAAAGUAAAAGAUAUCAGCACCUUCAAAACCACAACGAUCGCCUUGUCUCCCAACGGACAGCAUCUCGCUACAGGAUCCAGGUCUGGUAUAGUCAACAUAUAUGAUACAGCUGCUACCUUCUCAUCUACUACCAACGGGUCUGUAGUUGCCAUCAAAACGUUACCCAACUUGACUACAUCCAUACACAGUUUGCAAUUCCAUCCAUCAAAUGGAGCUCUACUCUUUGCAUCUCGUGCUAAGAAGGACGCAUUGAGAUUAGCUCAUCUGCCUAGCUUGAAAGUAUUCCCUAAUUGGCCUACAGCUGCAACACCACUCAGUUAUAUAAACUCGGUAGACUUCUCUCCCAAAGGCGGAUUUGCGGCAAUGGGGAACGAUAAAGGCAGAGUCCUGCUGUAUAAAUUAAAUGCAUGGGAAUCAUAUUAA